AUGGCACUUGUGAUCGCCCGGGAAAGCGAAUUCGGACAAGAUUUGGACGGGAUAGGAUCGCUUAUCGGCGAUCUGGCCGAAUGCCAAUUUUUGCUAUCCAACUUUGAUGGCUCGAAGAAGCUGUACGAAGAGCGCCUUGCGAUAGCCGAUAGCCUAAGGGACAAGCCUGCACAGCGACGCACUAAUGGAUCACUCGGAAACAUCUAUCUGGCCACCGGACAGCCGAAAGAAGCGAUAAAAUGCUACCGUCAAGCGUUGUCCAUAGCUACCGAGCUGGAUGAUCACCGAGCGAUGGCCCUACACUACAUGUCGAUGAGCGACGCCUUUAUAGAAGACAAUGAAUAUGACGAUGUCAUCCUUUCCGAAUCUCUACGCUCGGUUUAUUUACACGGUAGCGAGCCAUCGCUCUAUAGCGCUUGUGGGGCCUCUGAUACGACACGUCUUGACACACCGUCAGCGCUCAGUAACGAUCAGAGUGUGAGUAAUGCGAAUAAACCACGACUCAUCCAACGGGGCAACGAUGACGAUUUUUUCGCAAUGCUCGAGAAGAUGGGCAAUCGUCUGGACGACCAACGGGCGGAGAUGCCGCUGCCGGUCACCGGACGCGCAUCGACCAUCUCAGCCGUUUCGAUCUCUUCCGAUCGCUCGCCAUCCACAUCAAAGUCUCGCUUCUCACUGCUGAAGCGUGUGAAGAGCUCAAUGAUCACACCCAAAUUCACUUCGACGCCUCUGAAGAAGAAAUCAAAGAUUCCCUUCAUGCGAAGCACCAAAUCGCUGAAGAGCCUUACGAAAUUUGGCGGAAAUAUCGACGGCUCAAAUCUCUGGCCCGCAAUCGAUGAGGACGUGGCAGAGGCCGAAGAAGAGAAACCGCAACAGAACAAGAAGACUCCACUGCCGCCUCCAAGGAAGAGUAGAUUGCCGCCGCCCCCGGCUCUUCUCGCCGAGGCCAUCGAGAACAAAGAAAACAGCACAACAACUGGCCCUUCAGAGAGCAACCGAAAUAAAUUUCGAAAAGGUGGCAGUCCGGAUUCUGAAGAAUACGAGCCACGACCAUCGACAAGCCGUGUAGAGCCUGAUUCCCUAGAUGACUAUCAUUUGCUGUACGACGAAUUCGUGCUGGGCCCAAGGCGGAUACGGCCUCUGCCGGGUGGUAGGCGGCUUGGUCCAAGCUUCACCAUCAAGGGCCCGGCAUGUAUCAUUGAGAAAGGAGCUCCGAUCGCUGCACUUCAAGUCAGCAGCCCGGCGCCAUCGACUUUUGGGCGUCGAAAGAGGGAUGUGGAUUCGGAUGGGCAAAUUCCCGAAAUUUGCACGAGCAGCCAGCUGAUUGUGCCUCUGGUGGUGGGUGAGCAACAG